AUGUUACUGAAGCACCACUCAGCUCAGCCUCUGGAAGAGGCUCUCCAUGUGGAGCAGCUGCUCUGUCCUCCCUGGUUGCCUCCACCCAUCCCCAAGCCAUUUCCAUCACUGACAGCCCUUAUUUCCUUCACAGUUGGAGGAGAAAGCCAACCUGACACUGGCUGUGCGGACACUCCCCUUCUACCCCAUGUCACCUUCAUCUGUCCUGGGAGAAUGUGCCAGGUGGCUGGCUGGGGAAGAACAGGUGUGAAGGAACCAGCCUCCAGCACUCUGCAAGAGGUGAAGCUGAGACUCAUGGAGCCCCGGGCCUGUAGCCACUUCCCUGCUUUUGACCACAAUCUCCAGCUGUGUGUGGGCAAUCCCCAGAGCACAAAAUCUGCUUUUAAGGGAGACUCAGGGGGCCCUCUUCUGUGUGCUGGGGUGGCCCAGGGCAUUGUCUCCUAUGGACUGUCCAAUGCAAAGCCCCCCGCCGUCUUCACCCGGAUCUCCCCUUACCGGCCCUGGAUCGAUGAGGUCCUGAAAGAGAAUUAA